AUGUCCAUCUUCUUCUCGCUCGUAUUACACACCAAUAGCCUUCGUUGCCACGUCGACUUCUCCGUCGAAUCAAUCUCCGUUUCUCCCUCUUCCACCGCCACGUGGCACGUCGAUUUCCUCGUGAAAGACCCUCGGUCGAGGUGCCCUAUUGACUACGACGGUGAUUACGUGUAUGUCAAGCUAGGUUCCUUAAACGCAGUCGUUUUGAAUACCUCGCACAAGGGUCGUUCACGUGGCGUCACGAGUUUCUCGGUUGAUUUUGCUACGAGUAAUCAAAGCGACUUCGUUUCAGCUUCUCCUCCUAGGGUUUUGGAACUGGACAUCAAACUUAGGGCUAAGAAGAAGCAAUACGUGGAUCUGGAUAAGAUUGGACAUUUCGACAUCACAUGUCAGAAUUUGAUGAUUGGUCAUGAGGAUAUCAAAUGUGACUCGUCUUUCAAAAAGUUGGAGACGUGUUGCUAA